AUGGCUAAACGUCUAGACUUGCAAGAAUUACGCGGAGUUUUCAUUUUACAAGUUUUGUUCUUCCAUUUUUUCCCAUCCCUCUCACCAAAUGGAUACGUUGGUGUUGAUGAAUUCUUUGUGCUGUCCGGAUACUUGAUAGCUCUUGUACUGAGUCGAUCAUCUGAAUCUUACUUGGAUCAUCUUUCAAAUUUUUAUUAUUCGAGAAUUAAACGAAUUUUACCUGCCUAUGCUUUGUUCAUAUUAAUAUCCAUCAUUUCUCUGUAUACCAUAUAUCCAUUGUCCAACAUUGACCUCAACAUGGAUUCCAUCUACUCAGUCAUAUUCUUCUAUCGCAAUAUGUUAGGAACAGACAAAGGAAAAGCUUAUAGAGCCAUGCUUGCCAUAGCAGAAGACAUUUACACACAUACGUGGUCAUUGGCUGUUGAAAUUCAAUUCUACGUACUUGUACCUCUCCUCUUCUCUCUCAGACAUAGAUUCAAAACUAAAUUUAAUAAAAUAGUCUGUAUUACAGCUUUCUUUUCCUGGCUUUUCAGUAUCUGCUCUAGUGCAGAUGUUUCUUUCAAUAACGUGUUUGCUCGAUUUUGGCAGUUCUUAGCAGGAAGUAUUGUUUUCCUUCAUGAGCAGAAAGAUGAAGCCACGAAGUGUCAACGCACACCAUUAGUGAAUGACAAUGAUAUUCCGGAAAAUGAAUCGGUAGUGAAGUCAAGAAGCAUCAAGAAGAUCUUAUUCUUAUUGAUUUCUUUUGUAGGAUUUUACCCCUACGAUCUUGAUGCUAAAACAGUGAGGCUCUGCUCAACUGUUCUAAUAUCUUUGGCCAUUGCAGAGGGCAAAACAUCAUGCACACCAUAUAGUUUACUGUCUCGACCUCUUGUGUAUCUUGGAGAUAUUUCUUACGUAUUGUAUUUAGUUCAUUGGCCAGUGUAUGUAUAUUUACAUCUGAAUAAUCAUCUCAAAACAUGUCAUCUAACAAUAGGACUGCUGAUCUCCAUUGUGAUCUCUAUACUUUUUCAUGAAGUUUAUGAAAAAAAAUAUUUAUCAUGGGACAAGAGAGAAAUAUUGAAUUUGCUACUAUUCCUUUAUACGCUCAUAUUCAUACUGUCUUUCAAUAAGCACCAACUGGACCUCCUAGCUCAUGGAGAAGAAAAGGAGUUUGACUACAUUUUUCCAUCCAACUUGACUCGAUAUGAAGCCAUCAAGCUAAACAGGGAUUAUCUAUUAGGAGAUUACGACAACGUUUUUCAUCCAAACUGUUCAUAUAUUGAUGGAGCAGGACCGUUCAAUCACUGCAUACUCAACGGGUCAGACUAUCAAGAAGAAGUUUUGAUGGUCAUUGGAAAUAGUUAUGCUCCAAACAACAUACAUCCCUUGUAUGAAUACUGUUCCAAGAAAUUUAAAAAGACUGUGAUGUAUUCUGUCCCAGCUUGUGAAGUGCUGUACGAUACUGUCUUGCAAGGCUAUAGUUGCUCUGGACAAACGGAGAAGUUUUUGAACGAAACUGCCUCAUAUCAACCUGAUGUUCUCAUUAUAUACACAAGACACUUAACGAUAAUGCCAAAGAAAGUUCCAACGGAAGAAGAAGAGAAGCAAGCGCAAGAGUUGAUUGAAACAUACUUGAGCAAGCAUGAGAAAAAUGUUAGAAGGAAAAUAUUGAUACUUGAUGCUUUCCCUCGUCCAUCAGGAGAUGUUACAAGAUUGGUGAACGACGGUUUGCAUCUAUCUAAUGCGACUUCCAGAGAUGUCAUAGAACAGAAGUAUUUGGAGGAUGUUGCGAUGUGGCAGUUAACCCGUUCUCGUCUGAAGACCGCUGUCUCUAAGUGCUCAAAAUGUUAUUUAAUUGAUUACGUAGAUGUAUUCACUAGCGAGAAGGGUGUCUUCCAGUUCUACGAUACAAGCACAGGUGUUACCUAUUUCAAUAGUGGAAGACACUUAACUCCUCAUGGCUUACGUAAAGUUCGUCCAUUGUACAAAAAGCUCUGCUCUCAAAUAUAA